AUGGACCAUUCAAUGUCAUCCUACCAUUCGCACCUGGCUCAAAUAUCAACUGGCCAGCGGGAGUCCGAGUACCGUCUCCCGGCACAAACAGCCGAUUUGAUUCAAGAUACCUUACGCCCAUCUUACAAUCCCUACCCAUUCGUCAACUGGGCGGAAUCUAGAUCGGCCCUAGUAUCGCAAUCGAUGUGUUCUCAAGAUCUUGGGUAUAGUAACCCUUGGGGUGCCACUAUGUCGGGUUUCGGUGAACAUCAACUUCAUCCUAAUCAGAUGAGAGGUUUGCAGCCUGAACCAGUUUAUACCUAUCAGACGCCAUCUUCAAGCUUUUCCAUGGCCUCUGCACCAGUGAUGGAACCACUGAGUCCGAGGAUGGUUAAGUCUGACCCUGGUAUGCCGUUUCAUCAAGGGCACCAAUUAUCCCCUCAGUGGACGAGUCACGAACAAAACCUCAAUUACCAAUCUAUGGAGCUGGAACAAGCCAUGAAACUGGAAAAUCCCGUCGGAAUGAUCCAUUCUAUACCUACUGCCCCACCAUCCCCCAUUUCAAUCACCUCUCAUCACUCCUCUCACUCCUCUGACGGUGUGCAUUCAAACCCGAUCAGCAUCAUGGCAGACAGCUCUUCCCCAAGAACCAUCUCCGGAGACAGUGAGGAAGACCAUCCUAUCGAUCCACCAUACUCGCAACUGAUCUACCAAGCCCUCAAAGAAAGCAAGGACCAUCGACUCCAACUCCAAGACAUCUACGCCUGGUUCGAGCAAAACACCAACAAAUGCAAGGACCAAGGCAAAGGAUGGCAAAACAGCAUCCGACACAAUCUUUCCAUGAACGCCGGAUUCGAAGCCAUCAAAACCGACGUCCCAGGCGGCAAGAGGGCCGUGAACUACUGGAGCCUUACCGCCCAAGCCAUCUCAAAAGGCCGAGUAGAAUCUACCACCCGGUACCGACGACCGAACUCCAGAAAGAGCCCGAAUUCGGACAACGCGGCUCUCCAGGGCGUGUGCCAAAGCCAACGGGGCGUGAAAGUACAAAAAGGCUGGGACGAGACCCGCCUUAAACACCAAAAGCAUCGCCCAACAAAGUCACCGUCCCAGUACGGCGUUCAGGGGGAGGCACAGCCUUUCCAGAUGUCUCCCAUGUCUACUUCCGAGAUGCGGUACGCAUGUCCCUUUGGUUACGACAAGGUGAAUGGCUGCACGCCAUCGUCGCAUGGGAACAGCCCGAUUUUCUGUGAGGGCCUGGAACCUGCGUCGAGCUGGGGACCAGUCGGGAUGGAAAAUUAUGAGUGGUACGGACCCAAUAAUGGGGCCGUUACUGGGUCUGGGUCCGAGGACCAGUUGACUAUGCAUGGUUUUUCCGUAAAGGAGGAAAGGUGGGGAUGA